AUGAACGCCUCAAGGGCAUUCCUUCGACGCACGGCCACCCUCAGACCAAGAGCAACACGGUCUCUGCCUGCGCCAGCUCGGCAAUGGGUGCGCAAUUCUAGCAAUUCAUCUUCGUCAGCUACAGGGAAGCCUCGUGGCUCAGCUGGCAAGUUUAUCGGCUUCGGCGCCGUUUUUGGAGUCGCCGCUGCAGGAGCGUACUACUACCCAACCCUCAAAGAGCUGUUGGCCUCUGGCUCUGAAUCCCCACAGUCGGGACCGCUCAAGGCCAACAUUGAAUUCGAACAGCCUAGGAAAGAGGCUCUGACCAAAGAGGAGUACCGGGAGCUUCUCAGCUCGCAACACCUUCAGAUCCAAAGAAGCUGGGAGCAUCCAGGUGUCUACGUAUGGGGCUCCAACGUUGGCCAGGUUGUUGAUCCCAAUUCAAAUCAGAAGUACAUCAAGCUUCCCCAGCGCCUAGAGUUUUUCAACGAUCAGAUUUUGCGCGACCUGAAGCUUUCGCAGAGCUUCGGGGCUGCAUUGACUGAGAAGGGUGAUCUGGUGCAAUGGGGGUUGGGCUUCUCCAAGACCGACCCCAAGCCCGUCACCACCCUCCAGGGGAAAGAUCUCGCCAAGAUUGAAAUCUCUUCCGAUCACAUCAUUGCACUGAGCCGAAACGGAACCGUCUAUUCUGUUCCGUCGUCAAAGGAUGAUCUGGAAGGGGGGCUAAAACAGGAGCAGCAAAACGGGUCGUGGUCAAUAUGGGCCUCAUCAGGAAAGGGGGGCAUCAGCUCCCGGAAGCUGACGCCUUCGGGACUAGGUUACGGAGAGAAGAUUGUGGACAUCAGCAGUGGCCUCGAGCACUGUUUACUGCUCACCUCGAAGGGUAGAGUGUUUGCUGUCGCCUCUAGCGGUUUGGACUACCCUUCCAAGGGGCAGAUGGGAAUUCCCGGACUUUCAUGGAACACAAGGCCCAGUGGCCCAUAUGAUCAACCCUUGGAGGUCGAGCCUCUUCGUGGCCUUGAUAUAAAGCAGAUCGCGACUGGAGACUACCAUUCGGUGGUCCUUGACAAGGCCGGCCGGGUAUUUGCAUUUGGCGACAACCUCUAUGGGCAGCUUGGGUCCGAGCCGCUAGUGUCGGAGCCUUCCGUUGAAUAUCCAUCCGAAAUCCCCACGAUCACACUAUAUAAGCGUACUGGAUUGAUUCCCAAGGUUACAUCUAUCGCCGCUGGAGGCAAUACGACCCUUUUCGCUGUGGAAGCUGAGGCAACCUCGAACGAACAGAGUGGCCAAAAUGUAGCACCGUCUCGGAAAUAUCCCAGUGGAGUCUUCGACUUGUGGGCAGCUGGGCAAGGUGUGUACGGAACUCUGGGCACUGGAAAAUGGACUCAUAUCACACUGGGCCCAAACAAGAUCAAGUCUCUAUCCUCCCUUUACGAGUUUGACGAGAAGACAAACAAGAUGGCACCAAUCAAGAUCAAGUCCAUCAGUGUUGGAACCACACAUUGCGCUGCUGUUAUGGACAACACCACGGAAACCUACAUUUCUUCAGGAGCUUCGCAGAAUCAAACGUAUACCGGUGCUGACGUCUUGUUUUGGGGAGGCAAUGAGCACUACCAACUAGGCACAGGAAAGAGGUCCAACCUAAAUUUGCCCGCCUACAUUGGCCCUCUCGACCGAGGUGAGGGUGAUGCGCAGAAGGGGAGGCAGGGAGAGCAUCACAGACUCUGCCUGGCGCCUAAGCAGACGGCUCGCAUCGGCGAGCACGGGCAAGGGAGAAAACUGACGCUCGAGCAGAAGGUUGAAUGCGGUCAAUAUGUCACAGGCGUGUACUCUUCUAUUUAA